AUGUCGGACUCUGAGGAUCUGUUCAAUUUCGUACCCAUGAAUCAACCAGUCCAACAAACCACCGGACAGAAGACGCUGGGUCUCGCUCGCAAGAGAUCAAAAACAGAUCAAACAUUCUUUCAAUAUAUUAAGAAGCCUGUAACUCGCGGGACAGACAGAGCUUUAAAGUACACCAUGUCACAAUCCUUAAAGAAACUUCGACGGUUCCGUAAUAUCAAAUUAUUGCGCAUCCAUUUACCCAAAUAUUCGAAUGGCACUCUCGUACAGUCCUUAUUGCUGAAUGGUUUGAAGAACAGUAGUUACCCAGAGAAGCAUACAGCCGAUAUCCUUAAGAUGUUGACUCUUAACAAGUAUGGUGGUGUGGCCUUAGAAACGAAUAUGAUAGUUCUGAGGUCCUUAAAUGAUCUCCCACAAAACUGGAUUCUUAAAAGAAACGAAAAAUACGUCGCACCAGGUCUCAUGGGGUUCUCCAAAAGCGAAUUUGGAUUAAAUGUUACUAGUGAAAUAUUAAAGAAAAUAUCAGAAACUUACAAUUCUAGUAACUAUUACGUCACCGGUAGGGCAGCUAUAGAGAAGGUGGUCCAAGGCAUAUGUCCCAUCAAAAUUCGUUGGAACAGCUGUAAAGAAAUGAUGAUCUUCCCUGCGUACGACUUCUAUUCAGUAGAAAAUAUUUUAAGGACCCCAUUUGAUAAAAUAGCAUUAUCACAAGUGUCUUUCUCAUUUCAUUUAAAAACUCUUACAAGGGCAGAAAGUCCUUUCGUAUCCGAAAGCAUAAUACGUAUAUUUUGCCCUUCAAUAUUUUGGGAGUUCCAACAAAACCUAACUUAUUAAGAAUAGGAUUACCACACUCCGAAUCUGCAGAAAAUGUACACUUUCUGGU